UACAACGGGGCCAACGUGAAGCAAGUGGACGUCCCCACGCUGACUGGCUCCUUCGGCAUCUUGGCUGCCCACGUGCCCACCCUGCAGGUGCUGAGGCCUGGCAUCGUGACGGUCUACGCCGAGGACGGCACUGCCUCCAAGUACUUCGUGAGCAGUGGCUCUGUCACGGUGAAUGCAGACUCCUCCGUGCAGUUGCUGGCAGAAGAGGUGGCCAGUGUGGACAUGCUGGAUCUGGCCGCAGCCAAGUCAAACCUGGAGAAAGCCUUGUCGGAGCUGACGGCAGCAUCAGAUGAAGUGGCGAAAGCAGAAGCCCAGAUCAAAGUGGAAGCCAAUGAGGCGCUUGUCAAAGCCCUGGAGUGAUUGGGGAAUCCCAUUGCUGCAGAGACCUCAGGGAGGCCAACGCAUCCCAGCUUGCAGAUGGCAAAGAGAUGGUGGCAGAGAAAUCCCAUGGAUUCAUUAAAAGACAAACCUCA